UCGAACUUCGCUUCUUUUGUUUUGUUGUGGUUUUUCCUUUUUUUAAAUGAAAAUGUGUUCUUGAAAGUGGUUAAAUCGUUCAAAACGUAUUUUCCUGUCGUUGAAAUGUCCUCCAGAUCCAAGAGGUUAAUGUAUAAACCUGCACCAGCAGCACAAACUCCACAACUACAUACUGCAAGACAAUCAUUGGCCCAAGGUCGUCUAUCUACUGAUGCUAACUCGUCUUUAAAAAAUCAUGGAUUAAAGCAUUCUCCUGGUUCAGCGAUCAGUCAUAAUUCACGUGCAAGAAGAUCUCUCAAUUUGAGCUUCAAUUCAGUCUUCGUUUCCGAAGAGAACUCGAGUAAUCCUUCAAGUUGUGUCGCACCAAUGUUGCAAAAUUCUCCAUCAAAAGCUCAGCCAUCGGCAUCAUUGUCGCUUUCUGACCUUGAAGAUGAAGUUGGGGAUGUUCAACAUUUGGAUCAUCAAUUCAAUCCACCAAAAUUCGAAAAAUCUGUUCUGGCAGUUGAUGCCACUUAUCGCCAUAUAAGUCACACUGAUAAGGAAGUUCCCAUAAAAGCUACUUACAUGAAGUCCCCUGCCAAGGUUGUUUGUCAUUCACCUAAGAAAGCUAGAGAAAUAGCCAUCAGUCAGGCAGCCAAUGAAAAUACUGGAAAUAUUGGUAUGCCUGUGGUGUCAGCCAAUGGAAAUGCAGGAAAGAUCAGUAUACCUGUAGAGACGGUACCAUCGUUUAAGCUAUCAACGUCUUUACUGUUGAAAGAUGAUCCAAAUUUUUCCGACAGCAGUCAACCAAAAAGUGAAAAUGAAUCUCUCAGCACUGUUGCUGGUAGUCCCGUUGAUCCACGCAGCAAGGCAGUGGAAACCGUUGUUGUUCAGGAGAAAGGAAACCCACGCUCGUACGUCAGUUUUCUUGACAGUGGAUCGUGUACCGACGUAUCAUUGACUUCUCAGAAUACCACAACGAAUAUGGAUCAACCUGACCUCCGUGUCUCGCAACCAAACUUCGAUGAUACAGGUUUUUCAAGUCUAGGAGCGUCUAAACCAGAGGGCGGUGGGGAAAAAGUUUUACGGAAAAAGAAGAAAAAAACCAGAGUUGUUUCGUCAAAGUAUAUGACUUCAGCGAUGUCGCGAACGGGAGGGAAUCUACCAAGCAAACACCAAAGUAAAGAAACAAGUCAAGCAACUUCAAGGAACACAGCAAUGGCUGGGAAGAACGAAGAAGAAACUUCAAAAUUGUCCAUGAGAGAUAGAACAAUCAAUGAAUCCAUUACGACAAACAGUCAAAAACCUUUACACACCUCAACUCCUGCUGAUGCUCUUGCGAACAGAGAAGACAAGAUUACGAAGAUUCAAAAAUAUGAAAGGGCGGACUCUUCGGAGCUCGCUACGCAUGCACAUUUAAAUUCGAAAAAGAAAAGAAAUGAAACAAAAACAGGAAAAGAUGCGAUGCCAAUUAAAGCGGAACGAACAACACAGGUUUCAAACAAAAAAGCUGUUAACAAUGAAAUGAGUCAACUUCAGCACAACAUGAUUUAUGCCAGACUUUGCCAAUGGAAGUUUUUACGAAUGAAGCAAGAAAAUGCGUUUAAAAAACAAGAAAAGCAGGCUCAGGAAUGGUUUUACUCCAUGUCAAAGUUAAAUGAACAAAUGAGAGAAAGAAACCACGAAUUGAAACUUUCUUUGCACAAGAAAAGGAAAGAAGAAGAGAUAAAUAGACAAAUCGACCUUCAGUUAAAGGUGCUGAGAAAACUUGAUAGCCAAAUUCGGCAGUUGUAUCCGGAAUACGAGAAUUUUUUCAAAGGCAUCGAUGCUACUAGACAUCAUCUUUCCUUCCAGGACAUCCUCAUGCCUCAGAAUGAAGAUGACAUUCUGGAUGCUUUAUACGAGCUUGAAAAUAAUGCAGAGGAAGUUGCUCGUCUUCUUGAACACGACAAAUCGAAGAUCUUGUCUUUUUCCGACGAGAUUUAUGGUCUUGCAGAAAUAGCACUCGCAGAAAAGGAUGAACAUGAAAGGUGUACCGAGCUCUUAGCCGCCGCAUCAUCGCUUGCCACUCAAGAGAACAGUUUGAAAGCUGAAAUCAUCGAGAGGAAAGAAGCGCAGUUCAAUAUGCUUGGCAAACUUCUCUAGCCAAGACAGUAAUUGUGUAAAGUAUUGGUGAGAAAGUUCUUGUGAGUGAUGCCAUGAUUGUUUAUAAAUCUGUCCGUGUUUCUUAUUGUGUAAAAUAACAAACAAAAUUUCAUAGUGAGACAAUAUUUUGUCCUAUCUUGUUAAAAUCACUACUGGCGGAAUAAGUGAUUUAAAAAAAUGGCCAUACGAACAAGGUUGGAAUGAAUUCAUCAAACCGUGUCAUUGUCCUAUAGGGUGCUUUUCACCAGAAAAGCACGUGUUUGUGUGAAAAUUGACGAAAGUUUGUGCCUGUCAGCCUAGUUAAAUAUUUUCAGUUUUCCCUGACAAAUCAAGAAGCAUUUUCUUGCAAAAGUAUGCUACGAACUUUAACUUAUACUGUAUCAUUUUUUUUGUAAACGCGAGAAAAUAUCUAUCGAUCACA